AGUAGGUGUUGUGCCCAUACAUACUGUACUACUGUAUGUGUGCCUCAAGUCAUGUGCACUACUAUUGGCUAUACUAUUGAAUUGUUAUGAAAAUUGAUUUAUGAUUUUCGUAUAAUUUUUUACCUCUUCCUUUGCAUCGAUGAUCAUAAACAGUAACCAUUUGUGUCUAUUAAGACAUUUGAUACACAGUAGUUGUCGUCACCACAAUCGGCGACAUCCAUCACUGCAUGUAUGUCGUCGACAACUACUAUCAACAGUGGUUAGCGUUGACCGCAACAACAAAAGUGAUGAACAAAUUAAAGAAGAAGUUAUUAAAAUACCGAAAAGGAUUGAAAGAGGUCCGACCGAUAUAUUGCGGGCGUUGGCCGGAACCGUUCAACGGGACUUAACUGGUCCCGACUAUCGUUUCGUUGACGACCCGUUUUUGACACCACUUAGCAAUAAUCAAAAGCGCCUUUUUUCAUUGUCUCGCGAAUCGGGCAAACGUGCGGCCAAAUACGUGUUCGAUGAGUUCCCCGAACUAUUUAUUCGGGACGUUUCAGAGCCGAAGAUCGACGCCUUCACAUACAAAGAAUUGAUCGACGAGUCUGUUGUUGUCGACGAGAUUGAUAUACUUCAGUGUAUUGCGCGCAAAGAGGUUAACAAUGCCAUACAAUGUUUCAAAAAUAUGACCAGAGAUAAGAAGCCGAUGAGUGCCGAAACUGUACAAAAGCUAUUAGAAUUAGUCUGCUUUUACAACUGCGAUGAACCGCCAGAUAUGGACUUUCUGGUUGAGAAGAGUUACGCCGCCGGAGAAGUGAACAGAUCGGCCAAUAUCUGGAAAGACAAUGGUUUUGCCGAACAAUUGUUUGCAUCGAUUGAACAAAAAACUAGUCAAACAUAUUGUACACUAAUCCAGGGUUUAGUCAAGUUUUCGCAGUCAGUAAAGGCCGACCAUUAUUAUAAAGAAGCGAAAGAAUUGGGACUCAAACUGAAUAUCGAGACAUACAAUGGACUCAUAAAAGUGGCGCCAAUGCUGAGAGAGUCAUCUGACUCGCGUUGGCUAUAUAUGGAGGAUGUGUUGAACGACAUGAAGUCGUGCGGAGUCAGACCUAAUUUACAUACAAUGAAUAAUAUGCUUGAAGUGGUCACCCGAUUCGGUGCAAUAGGCUUUUCGCAUAAGUUUGCAAAGAAGAUACUAAGCGAAAUGGUCAACAAAAUGGGUAUUGAGCCAUCAUUGGCCACCUAUUAUCACAUAUUGAAUGUGUUCGCCAAAGACAAGAGUCCUAACUUUCCUAUUCUGUACGAAAUUAUGGAUAAAAUUGAUGGCAAAGAGUUUACAAUUUGUGACCUAAAUGAUGUUAACUUUUUUACGACUGCAAUGUUUACCUGUCAUUCAAAAUUAAACGACAAAUCAAUAGCUUAUAGAAUACAUCGAUUGUAUUCUUUGGGAAAGAAUUCAAAACUAAUGGGAAACUUCUUAAAUGAAACCAAAUAUUUUCAAAGAUUUUGUCGCAUAUUGUGUGCCACUGAAGAUGUCGACGUUUUUAUGACCGACUUCUACGACAAAUAUGUACCAAACGUUUACAUACCGGAACCGACAACUUUCUUAGAGAUUCUGCAGAUGAUUGAACUGUACGAAGCAUUUCGUUAUCUACCAAAACUGCGGGAAGACUUUAAAAGUUUUGAUUACCGUAUAGACCCACAUAUGCCCUCUCCUGUUAUUACAGACAUUCAAAAAAUACUUGAAUUAAAUUAAUAGUUUUGGGGGUAUUUGAUAAUUCAUUAAAAUCAACAUUUGGUAGGGGGUGGCUAUAUCUCACUUAGUGUCCCACAUUUUCACAUAUAACCCCUGAUGGCCAGGGAGGGGCUAUAUGCGGGUCUAUAGGAUACAUUGAUUAUUGGUGAAAAAAUCUACUAUUAAUAAAUUUAAUUAAUAACGACGGGAAUUGAUUAAAUGAUUAUUUAACUAAACGUUAAUUGUAAAGAAAAUUAUAAUAAAAA